AGUGAGUGUAGUGGUGGUGAGUAGUGGUGAGUGAGUGUAGUGGUGAGUAGUGAGUGAGUGUAGUGGUGGUGAGUAGUGAGUGGUGGUGAGUGUGAAUGAUGGUGAGGCUCAGUGCGCUUGAGAUGGAGAUUCGGCGCGGAACCACGCGGAGGAGCCACGUGGAGGCGCUGCUGAGAGCCAACGGCGGUGGUGGUGUUGGAGUUGGUGUUGGUGGUGGUGUUGGUGGUGUUGUUGGUGGUGGUGUUGGUGUUGUUGGUGUCUCUGUGCGUGUGGCUGAGCUCGCCGCUGGCCUCGCUGGCGGCGCCUCGCGGCUGCUGCCGCCGCUCCUCGCCGCAGGACGCCCGGCACAGGCGGCGGCGGCGGCGGGCGUUGCCCUAGGGGCACUGGAGAGGGGCCGAGGUGCCCUCAGGGCACUGCAGCGAUACAGGGAGGGUAGGGCGAGGGGUGAGGGUGAAGGACUCGCCGAGUCUCAGGAACUGGGACCGGUCUGCACAGCCUCCCUCUCUGUGUCCGAGAUCUCCCUGCGUCUAUCUUGGAGAGAAGAUGCAGUACAAAACCACAGUGUUGCAGUGGUUGCGUUGCUCAGGCUGGGAGCCCAAGUGCUGGACACGGAGGCUGAGAUCACGACCGUGGGAACUCGCUCCCUCUCACUCAGCACGCCACUCAACUUUGAGGAGGUGGACCACGACUUCUGUCUCACCCUGGAGGUGUAUUCCUCCUGUCUGGGUCUGGUGGGGUCGGAUGGACGCGACUGGAGGCCGUGUGAGGGACAGGCAGAGACACGGAGACACGGAAACAGAGACACGGGGACACAGAGACAGAGGGAGGUGAAGUAUGUCCUGGUGGCUCAAACGACGCUCACCCUUCAGGACGUGCAGCCUCACCUCGCCACUCACCAACUCAUCCCCACCUCAGCCGGUGUGUCUCCGUGUCUCCCCGUAGCCAGCUGUGUCUCGCUGCGACUCUCAGCGCUCCCGGUCUGCGUGUCCACAGACUCUGUCUCAGGGUGGCUCAGUGUUCAGCGAGCAGGUUCUCUGUGGUCCCGCUUGCACUGCGUGGUGAGGCGCUCCACUCUCUGCUGUUUCUACUCCCCGCUGGAGCUGCAGGCAGCCGUGGAGCCUACAGAGAUCCUCCACCUCACCAGGGACAUGGCGGUGCAUGCGAGUGAGCGGGGAAGCGUCCACCGUUUGUUCUCAAUCACCCUCACCCCCUCCUCCUCCUCCUCACCAGCCACCACCCUCACCACCACCCUCACCACCUCCUCCUCACCAGCCACCACCCUCACCACCCUCACCACCACCCUCACCACCUCCUCACCAGCCACCGUGCCCGGCACAAUCCAUCUGCAAGUUGACUCUCGAAGCCUCAUGCGGCACUGGGAGAUCGGGCUGAGGAAACACCUCAGGGACAUGGCUCGCUGGGGUGAGUGCGCAGAGACGGCUAUGGUCAUGGCUGCUCCUGUCGCAAGGAAGCCAUACUUCACCACAAGUUGCACCACCACCACCACUACCACCACUACCAGCAGUAGCAGCAGCAGCAGCAACCAGCAACAUUUAGGUGCUGCGCGUGGCUCCUCCCACUCUCCCGAGGCUCCGCCUCCCUGGGCCGCCCUUUUUGAGCAGUCUCCGCUCCGAUUGGUCGAACACUGCGGCCCCGCCUCCCCACUUGCCAGCGCCUCUCCCCGAUUGGCCGACCCUCGGCCAACCUCUCGCCGAUUGGUCGAGCCUCGACCCCGGCAAACCUCUCCCCGAUUGGCCGAGCCUCGGCGGACCUCUCCCCGAUUGGCAGAGCCUUCGCCUCGGCCAACCGCUCACGGAUUGGUUGAGCCUCGACCUCGGCGAACCUCUCCCCGAUUGGCCGAGCCUCGGCGGACCUCUCCCCGAUUGGCCGAGCCUCGGCGGACCUCUCCCCGAUUGGCCGAGCCUCGGCGGACCUCUCCCCGAUUGGUCGAGCCUCGGCGGACCUCUCCCCGAUUGGUCGAGCCUCGGCGGACCUCUCCCCGAUUGGUCGAGCCUCGGCGGACCUCUCCCCGAUUGGCCGAACCGCCAACACGGGGGACCUCUCCCCGAUUGGCUGAGCCUCGGCGGACCUCUCCCCGAUUGGCCGAGCCGCGGGCGGCCAAGCGCAGAGCCCCUCCCCCUCCUCUAGCACCGCCCCCUUACUCCCUGGCCACACCCCCCGUUCGCGCGGCCCCGCCCCUUUGCUCAGUGGCCACGCCCCCACGACGAGUGGCCCCGCCCAUACCCCUGAUCGCCACGCCCCCUCGCGUGUUGGCCAAUGGGGCGGUGGCCACGCCCAUUCUGUGCGUAGCUCCACCCCGUGGCGGAGUGGCCCCACCCCCCAAGCCCUUCCCCCGCACGCUGAUGUAGUGGAAGAGGACAAUAGGUGACGUUUCAGGCCAUGGGCCUUCUGCAGAGCACACAGAGAGGCGAGACACUCACCACUACACAGAGACCCAUAGACUCACCACUACCACACA